AUGAAAUUGCUGCGCUUCCCUGGGAGACUCCAAUCAAUCAAGCGCGAGAACGAGGAUACUAUUGACGACAUCAGAUCGUCGAUCAUUGAGUUCCUUGCUGACAUCAUCAACCAAGAGAGGUCGGACGCGGUGGACACCCUGCUCGAGCCGAAGCAGGCGGUCGAAGAUCUGGAGGCGGCGGCGGGAGACGAGGGGGCGCCGCUGUUCGGCGGCGACGGGGACGGGCGCGGCGGCGACGGCGCCGGCGGCUCGCGGAGCGGCUCGAGGACGCCCAAGCCGUCGGCGGCGGAGGCGGCGGCGGCGACGCUGCAGUCGCCCGAGGCGGCCAUCGCCGUGGCGGCGCACCUGGCGGAGGCCUCCAGGGCGCGGGCAGACGAGAGUGAAGAGGACGGCGCAGAGGGCGAUGAAGGGCCUGAGCAGCAGCAGAAGCCCAACAAGCAGCAGCAGCAGAAGCACAAGAACCAGAAAAAGAAGCAGGAAAAGGCCGAGCAGAAGGCUAAAAAGGAGCGGGAGGAGGUGGGGGAGGGCGAGGGCGAGGGCAGCAACGAGGACGAAGACGAGCACGAGCAGGCGCCGCCGCGGCCGCCGCCGGUGUCAGUCAGCCUGAUGCGGCUGACAGAGGACUCUGUCGAGCUGUUUGUCAAGGCGGAGCUGCUGCUCGUGUCCCAGACGCCGGGUGACGCCGAGCGCAAGGUGGAGGACGCGCUUAUGAGGGCCAGCCACCUCAUCCGCACAGAGUACGGCGGCACCGUCAUCACCGAAUCCCCCGUAAUGUGA